UGGAAAAAUAAACCAAAUAAACUAUUCAACCAUUGAGUGAAAUAAUCAAUUAAAUUAAAGGCACCACUUAAUAGCAAAGAGUGACCAAUAAACUCGACUAGGAAUUCAAAGCAAAACCAGUUUUUCUUCAGAAGCGACUUUCACAACCAACUCCACCGAUUUUAGAUACAGCGCAUACGUCAGCAAGUGCAGUCGCAUUCCCCGUAAGAACUCAACGAAAACACAAAUAUUCAACAAAAUCAACUUAAAAAUACAAUUUUAAAUAUAAACAACUAACUGACGCUGAAAAGCAAAACAAAAAACAUGAAUUUUGUGUCGAAAAAUGUACUUGAAAAAUCAUACGCUGGGGCUGAGAACAAAGGCCAGCCAGGGUGCUCCGCUGGCCAAGGCAGCGCAGUCUCUGCUGCAGCUGAAAAAACUUGAUUGUGUUCGUGAGUGUGUGCUAAGUGCUUGAGCAGCGCAGUCAGCGUCAACUUUUCUCUAUAUGUGAGACGACCGACUGCACUGCAACCAACGAAUGCAAUUUGAGUGUACAAAGAAAACGAGUCUCUGUCGAGUCUUCGUUGGAAAAGCGGCAAAUGAAGGCUGAUUUCCGUUCAUGGUUCGUUGCCAACCUUUGUUUCGCUGUGCAGCUUUACGAUGAAGUGCGAACUGUGUUCAACAAACUCGGCCAGCGACUGUUAACGAGACGGCAAACGAUAAGACUCGGAACGAGGGCCGAUCCGCAAGUUGAGUGGAGCUGUGCCUGGCAGGAUUUGGUAUUUAUGACUACUAUUCUACUUGCUAGAAAGCAUCGCUAACGAUCCGACCCAACACACAUCUUAAGUAUAUCGCAGGCAGCGUAAUAAGCGUGUAUCAUGAUAUAUCCACAUUACCUUUGUAUAUGCCCCGCAUCGCCCUUUCAAAUAUAGCCAAUAAGUGUCUUUACAGAUUCAACACACCAAACCAAAACCAAACUACAACAAAUCAACGCAGCGCUAAUAACUAUUUUCUCUAUUGUCCCCACAUUCAUUUAUAUAUUCUUAUUAUAUUUACUAUAUGUACGCAAAACUGUAUAUGCAUCAAUCAAACUCAUGUAGAAAUUAUUGCAGCACCCAAAUACCAAACAGCCUACGCCUGCGAAGGUAAGAAACUCACCAUUGAAUGCGAACCGGGCGACCUAAUCAAUCUGAUACGGGCCAACUACGGACGCUUCUCAAUAACCAUCUGCAAUGAUCACGGCAACGUGGAGUGGAGCGUUAAUUGCAUGUUUCCCAAAAGCCUCACAGUGCUCAACUCAAAAUGUUCGCACAAGCAAAGCUGCAGUGUUCUGGCGGCCACGAGCAUGUUCGGUGAUCCAUGUCCCGGCACGCACAAGUAUCUGGAGGCGCAUUAUCAAUGCAUCUCGGCAGCGCAGACUUCGACGACCACGAAUAGGCCAAGUCCACCGCCAUGGGUGCUCAGCAAUGGUCCGCCCAUUUUUGGCAAUGGAAGCGGUCUAAUUCAGCCAACGCCACAGCCGCCGCCGCGUUUGCCCACGCUGCCGGGUGUUGUGGGCAUUCAUGGCAUCAAUGGUGUUCCGCCCACGCAUGCCACGCCCAGCAGCAGCACGGCAAUGCUACCGGGUGGCAGGCUCAAGGGAGUAACGAGUGCAACCACUAAGCAUCCAGGAGGACGACACGAUGGAUUGCGACCACCGCCGCAAUUGCAUCAUCAUCAUCAUCACACCGAUGACACCGCACCCACCAAGUCCAGCAGUGGAAGUGCUGGCAAUGUCACAGCUCCGUCGAAUACACGCAUUCUGACUGGAGUAGGUGGGGGCGGUAGUGACGAUGGCACACUGCUGACCACCAAGAGCUCACCAAAUCGCACGCCCGGCACAGCGGCUAGUGCUGCCAACAACAACAGCUUAGGCAUUGGAGGCACUGCACCUGGUUCAGGUGGCGGCGUGGUGCGCACCAUAAACAACAUUAAUCUGAAUGCGGCUGGCAUGGGUGCAGAAGAUGAGUCCAAGCUAUUCUGCGGACCGACGCAUGCACGUAAUCUCUUCUGGAACAUGACACGAGUGGGCGACGUCAAUGUACAACCAUGUCCAGGCGGCGCCGCUGGCAUCGCCAAGUGGCGUUGUGUCCUGAUGAAGAGAGUGCCCGAUGCGGGCUACGAUGAAUACGAUGAUGAGAUGCCAGUUGCCAGCAGCACAACGCCAAUGCCGCCGCCGUCCAGUGCUGGCGGUGAUUGUCUGCACAACAGCAGCAGUUGCGAGCCACCCGUAAGCAUGGCCCACAAAGUCAAUCAGAAUCAGCGACUGCGCAAUUUUGAGCCCACGUGGCAUCCACUAACACCGGAUUUGACGCAGUGCCGCAGUCUGUGGCUGAAUAGCCUCGAGAUGCGUGUCAAUCAACAGGACUCGUCGUUAAUUUCAAUUGCCAAUGAUCUGUCCGAGGUGACCAGCAGCAAGACGCUCUAUGGCGGCGACAUGCUUGUCACCACCAAGAUCAUACAGAGGAUGUCCGAGAAGAUGCUGCACGACAAGGGAACUUUUCCCGAUCAGCGUCAGCGCGAGGCAAUCAUUAUGGAGCUGUUGCAUGGCGUUGUCAAAACUGGAUCAAAUCUGCUCGACGAAUCACAACUCUCAUCCUGGUUGGAUCUCAAUCAGGAGGAUCAAAUGCGCGUUGCCACCUCCCUGCUAACUGGCUUGGAAUACAAUGCCUUUCUACUUGCCGAUACCAUCAUCCGGGAGCGUAAUGUGGUGCAGAAGGUCAAAAAUAUAUUGCUCUCUGUUCGCGUUUUGGAGACAAAAACUAUACAGGGCAAUGUCGUCUUUCCGGACUCCGAUCAGUGGCCACUCAGCUCCGAUCGCAUUGAGCUGCCGCGCACCGCACUGAAGGAGAACAGCGAGGGUGGCUUGGUGCGCAUUGUGUUUGCCGCCUUCGAUCGCUUGGAGUCGAUACUCAAGCCCAGUUAUGAUCAUUUCGAUUUAAAGAGCGCACGUAGUUAUGUGCGCAAUACAGCAAUAUUGUCCAACGAUAGCGAUACAAAUGCUGGAGAGAUGCAGCAGCGCGUUCGCAUACUCAACAGCAAGGUGAUAUCCGCCAGCUUGGGCAAGGGACGCCACAUCCAACUGUCGCAGCCAAUUAAAUUGGUGCUGAAGCAUCUGAAGACGGAGAACGUUAGCAAUCCCACCUGCGUAUUUUGGAACUACAUUGACCACGCUUGGUCCGCCAAUGGCUGCAGUUUGGAGUCGACAAAUCGCACGCACAGCGUUUGCAGUUGCAAUCAUUUGACCAACUUUGCGAUACUUAUGGAUGUCGUCGAUGAGCAUCAGCAUUCGCUAUUCACAAUGUUCGAUGGCAAUAUGCGCAUCUUUAUCUACAUUAGCGUUGCGAUUUGCGUGGUCUUCAUCAUAAUAGCGUUGCUCACGCUCAAGCUCUUCAACGGGGUCUUCGUCAAGUCUGCACGCACCUCGAUUUAUAGCAGCAUUUACAUUUGCCUGCUGGCCAUUGAGCUGCUCUUUCUGCUGGGAAUCGAACAGACCGAAACAAGCAUAUUUUGUGGGUUCAUAACCGUCUUUCUCCACUGUGCCAUACUCUCGGGCACCGCCUGGUUUUGCUAUGAAGCCUUCCAUUCGUACUCAACGCUCACUUCGGAUGAGCUGCUGCUGGAGGUGGAUCAGACGCCAAAGGUGAAUUGCUAUUAUCUGUUGUCCUAUGGCCUCUCACUGAGUGUGGUUGCCAUUUCACUGGGCAUCAAUCCGAGCACCUACACACUACGAAAUGAUUACUGCGUCCUAAUGGAAGCCAAUGCGCUCUUCUAUGUCACCUUUGUGGCCCCCAUUUUGAUCUUUUUUGUGGCGGCCAUUAGCUACACCUUCUUGUCGUGGAUCAUCAUGCGACGCAAGUCACGCACUGCCCUCAAGACCAAGGAGCACACGCGUCUGGCCAAUGUGCGAUUUGACAUACGCUGCUCGUUCGUGUUUUUGCUGCUGCUGAGCGCCGAUUGGUGCUGUGCCUACUUUUAUUUACGCGGCGCCAAACUGGAUGAGGAUGUGGCCGCCAUCUAUGGCUACUGCUUUGUCUGUUUCAAUACGCUGAUGGGCCUAUACAUCUUUGUGUUCCAUUGCAUACAGAACGAGAAGAUACGGCGCGAGUAUCGUAAAUAUGUGCGUCAGCAUGCUUGGCUCCCAAAGUGCCUGCGCUGCUCCAAAACAUCCAUUUCCUCGGGCAUUGUUUCCGGCAAUGGAGGACCAGGUGGUGUCAGCGGUGGUGUUGCUACCAACUCUGCUGGCACUCUUUCCAAGUCCAAGUCAAAAUUGCCACUGGGCUCGAGCGAUGAUGGUCACGAUGAGGAGCAACCACAUCAGCAGCAGCAUCAGCAUGAUCAGCCAGCUAAUGAAGAUGCCAUAAUUAUGGGCGCUGGUUCCGACUGCGAACUAAGUGAAGCACAGCAGCGACGCACACUAAAGAGUGGCCUGCUUGCGGGCAGCCUGCAGCCGGUGACGCCAGUUGGUGCGGUUGUGCUGGAGCGCGGCACACUGCGCUCCACGGGAAUGGCCAGCGUGGGACAUGCAUCGCCCACUAGCUCAGCCGGCUCGACGCAUCUGAUCUUUGCCCACAAGCAUCAACAGCAGCUGCAGCAACAGCCAGGCGAAUCCUAUUAUCAUCAACCCGACUACUACAGCUGGAAGCAUCCGCAGGCUGGUGGACAGCGUGAAUACUACAACAAUACGGGAGUUCCGGGUGGCGGUGGCGGUGUCGGUGUCGGUGGCGCUUCGCCACAGCAAUCACAUGAGGUGUUCUAUUGGACACAGAAGCAUAAUAACCAGCAUGGCAAGAAGAAGCGAGGAGGCGGCGCUGGCGCUGUGCCCGCCUCACCCAGCGGCUCGCUGCAUAGUCGCGUCACGCCUGCCUCGCAGGUAUUGUUCUAUCCAUCAUAUAAGAAGACCAGCGGCAUGAAACAGCCGCCACCAUCCGCCCAGCAAGCGUAUCCACACUAUGCCGAGGCACUGGACCCACCCAAUAAUGCCGCCUACUAUCAGCAACAGCUGCAGCAACAGCAGCAGCUGCGCCAGCAACGUCAGCAGCAACAACAGCAACAGUUAUCUUCGGAUGAAGAACAGGCACACCUGUUGCAUCUGCAGCAUCAGCAGCGACGUGCUGGUGGACAACAGCAGUUGCCAGCGCCACCGCCACACAUGGCGCAGUAUCAGCAGGAGUUGUUGGCGCAACAGCAGCGCCAACAGUAUAGAAAUAAGCAUUCCAACUGUGAUCUUAGCCAGGGCAUCGGCUUGGGCAUGAACAUGGGCAUGGGCCAGGGACUCGGCGGCGAUGCCUAUUACAAUCAAGGCGGUGGCGGCAGCAGCAAUGGCGGCGGCGUCGGAGGCGAUGGCCCCGUUUACGAGGAGAUACUGAGUAACCGCAACUCGGAUGCCCAGCACUAUGAAGUGGGUGACUUUGAUGUGGAUGAGGUGUACAACAAUAGCGUCGGCACGGGCGUAUUUAAUAGCAUGCGCGCCGCAGUUGCCGCCGGCGGGAGUCGCUAUGGUGGUGGUAGCCUUAGUGGUGGCAGCGUCACCUCCAGAAACCAGCAACAGCAACUACAGGCAAAGCAGAAACAACCGCCUCGUCGCUGUGCAGCCGAUGAUGAUGAUGACGACGACGAUGAUGAUGAUGAGUAUGACGACGAGGUGACCGCAGCGGAGCAGCUGCACGACAGCGUCUGUGAUGAUGAGGACAAUGAGAGCGAUAUGGAUGAUGAUGAUACGCAUGGAUUGCCACCUCAAAGUGAUGAGCGCAUGCGUCGCCUAAUGGCGCUCCAGGAUGAGGAUUUUAAGCGGCGGUUUCAACGCCAGCAGCGCAAGAAUGGCUUGCCUUUAGAUUAUGGAGCGCCACCGCAAACAUCGGCAGGAGCAACAAUCGCCCAUCCCAUUGAGCACAAUGGUGCGGUUUUUGGGGUUAGCGGCGGCGUUGGUGAGGGCUCCAUGCGUGGCGCAUACAGGCAACAGCAGCAGCAGCUGAAUGCCAAGUCACCGAGCGCACGCUUGGCGGUUAACGAGCUAUUUGGCCAUGGUAAUGCAGGACCGCCGCUGCCACCGGCCAAUCAGACGCCCGCACAGAAGCGUCAGCAGUUACAGAAACUAUCACCGCAGUCCACCACAUCAUCGUCGUCGCACACAUCACACAGCAACCUACAGCAACAUUCUGCUCCCACACACCAUCAUCUCCAGCACCAGCAACCACAACUCCACCAUCAUCAGCAGCAGCAGCAGGCGCGUAAUUUAUCCGCCAUGCUGGAUGAGAAUAAUACGGUACGCUGUUAUCUGGAGCCGUUGGCCAAGUAGAGGACCAUCAAGGUGUACCAUCAGCAGCAGCAGCAGCAUCAAGAGCAGUAGCAGUAGCAGACAGAGCAAGCAGCCCUCCACAAAAAUGCAGUUGGCAGUUGGCUGAGAGAAACCGAUCGUCGUCUUAGGCAAAAAUUGUAGCUUAGGUUUAGCUAUAUCUCUAGUAUUAGUCGUUAGUCGAAAUAUGGAGCAUAUGUGUGAAACAACAUGCUGUCAUGUCAUGCUAUACGUGCAGUGAUUCGAGAAUCCCAAAACUUUAUAUAUGUAUAUGUAACUCAAUUAGACCAUAGGCUAAACAACCAACCAACCAAGCAACCAAUGCGGAGCAAGCUAAAAUUCAAUAUGCAAAUGCAAAAUAUGGAUGUUGUCGGAAUGGAAUGCUCGUGUCUCGAUUUAUACCAACUCGAUAUAUAAUAAAUGUAUGUACUGUAUGUAUAUGUAUAAUGUAAUAUCUAUUAACGAUAUGUGAAGCGCAUACAUGUCGACCACAUGCCAUUUUUAAAUAGUUUACCAAUAACUAUAACAAUGCAUAUUAUAUAAUAAAUACCGUAUGUGUAAGAGGUCUAAGAACUGUAUGUAAAUGAUAUUUAGAGCGAGCGUAUUAUGUAUUUUAUGUAAUUUAUAAGCUGUCUAUUGUUUAUUUGAUUCUCUGUUCGGUUAUUAAGAGCUUAAGAUACAUACAUAUAUUUAAGCUUGAGAUUUGUUUCAAAUUUAUAAACCAAAAACACAAAAAUUUUAGAAGACCUUAAAUUUUUAAUUUUUUUGAAAACAUGUUUUCGAAACGUGCUGUAAAUUAAGCUAUGAUGCACAGACAUUUUUGUUUUCAACGGUGAUGAUCCGACAUGCGAAACAAAUCUUAUGCGCAUUGUUUUUAUUUUGAUUUCGGAUUCGAUUUGUAUGCCAUUUGUUAUUGCAUUUCAUUUAAAGGUAAUUUUAAGAGAACCAGCAAAGCAUUUCAAGUGUACAUUUUCAUCAAUAUGCUUUAAGCACAGCAAGCAGAUAUAGGGCAUUUAUUUUGUAAUUUUCUUUAUUCUAUUUUUUUAAAUAAAGAGAAUUAGUAGAUCGCUUUACUAUGUGUACGAGACAAGAAAAUGUUAUUUUGCUAUAUAUAAAUAUCUUUAGAAAUAGCAACACGAGCAUGCUAAGUACAUAACUCCACAAUUGGAGCGAAACCGAAAGAAGAGUAACAUAUACCUACUUACAUAUAUAGUAAACAAAAAAGAUUUCAACCGAACCUCACUUGUUAACUAGGAACUAACUGUAAAACUCUUUAAAACUAGCUAACACAAAAACUGAACUAUCACAAGAGACACUCUUUGUUUCCCGACGUGGAUGGCUCUAGAGAAUUUCCACGCAAGUGUACAAAAAACCAAAUAAAGGCAAAAGCAAAGUGCAAAAACAUAAUAAUACUAAACAAAUAUUUCGUAUUUACCACGCAAUGUAUGCGUUAACUAAAUAUAAACUGCCUGCACACAGCUCUCCUCCUUCAGCCCACAGCAUGAACACACAAAAAAUAUCAUUAUUACCAUUAAAUAAAUAAAUCAAGCCUACUUCAAAUGCCAGUUGGAACACAGCAAAUAAGAAACCAAAAUAUACAGCACAAGAAAACACAGAAAAUUACUUCUAAAGCACACGAUGCUCCUAAUUUUUAUAAAGAAGAAGAAAAGUAAAGUAAAGAAACGUAAAUUUACUAACAGCAUUAAAUUUAAAUAGAUAUAAAAUGGAUUGCAAAAUGAAUAAUGGCAACAGGCAGUGGUAUAUUAAUGCAGAUAAGGCAAAGCAGCUGGUAAAGCAAAAUUAAGAGAAAACUAAUAAAAUCUAUAUUAACAAAAUAACAAACAAAGAAACUGAAAUAUUGAAUGUAUAGUGUUGCGCCUCCUAGUACUUUAAAUAUAUUGAACACGAAUAUAUAGCUGAUAUGAGUAUAUGUAUAUGUAAAUGGAUAUUUAUGAAUAUGAUGCAAAGCAAAAUGCCGAUAUCUACAAACUUCUUUUUGUCUCUACAUGUUUACUUUUGGAUGAAAAUGUAAGAAUUGCAUGAAAACAAAUAAUAGCAAAGAUGAGAUCAACUCAAACUGUAUGGAAUAAAAAUGUUAA